AUGAGCAAAGGCAGGACACUAGACAGAGGUAGGACACCAGGCGUCAGCAAAAGGGAGCUGGGCGACACCUUGGGCGCAGACGACAAUGCCGAAGUGAGCACGGACGACGCCAACGGCGGGUUUGGUGGCUCUAGUGGUGUGGACGGUGCUAGCGAUACGUUGGGUGCUGGUCCUCACGGCUGGUUUGGCGCUGGUCCUUGCGACAUGCUAGGUGAAGGAGCAAGAGGUCCAGGUGUUGAGAAAACAAAUAUAGGCAUUGAGGCACUAUUUGGGAGAGUGGUUGGUGGAGUGCCUGAGCUGGUAAGGGCAGUAUGA